AUGGUACCGGGCAGAGUUCUCAACAACAGAUGUCUACGUGUUUUGCUGCAAGUUGAUGUAACACCAACGGUUUUGAACGAACCUUUAACUGUUUCUACUCCUUUGUCUGACUGUGUGGUGGUGGAUGUUGUUUAUCCAUCGUGUCUCGUGGUAAUCCAUGGAAGAGAUUUAUGUGCUGAUUUGGUUGCUUUGGAUGUUCUUACCUUUGACGUGACUUUGAGGAUGGAUUGGCUUGCACACCAUUAUGCUUCAAUCGACUAUCGAGGGAAUGUGAACACUGUCCCUAUAGUGAAUCAGUUCACUGUCGUUUUUCCAGAGGAGUUUUUUAGAUUACCACCUGAUCGGGAUAUUGAGUUCUGCAUUAACGUUGUUCCCGUAACUGGUCCUAUUUCGAUACCGCUGUAUCGAAUGGCUCCUACUGAGAUGAAGUAA